AUGCCGAUCCAGAACGAACUGCUCUACUCCACCGCUGCAUACCCAAGCAUGUACAUCUACGACUACGAAAAUGCUCUCCUGAUCAAGAACCGCAUCGCGCCAGCUUUGACUCAGGCCAAUCUCAUGACCCAAAUUUGGGCGUACGAUCACAAUAUAGACCAUCAUAGAUGCCCACAAACAGUCCGAGACAAUACCAGCGUUAAUACGGUCGCCUGGCACUGCUACUCUGGCGGCUGGGACGUUCUCUCCCAGUCUCACGCCUCCAACCCCACUGUUCUCCAAUACAUGACCGAAUGCUGGACCCCUUCCACCUCACCUUGGUACAACGCCGCUGCCUUCGCCAUGUGA